AUGACGUCAUCAUGCACCUGCGUGGCUCAAGGGACUCUGGCUCUCGCGCGUCAGUUUGAGCAAACACAGAAGGAAGUGAAACAAUUCCACAAGUACGAAGAAGAUUUCACUGUACAAGAAGUUGCCAAGCGACGAUUCAAGCAGACUGCUAACAAGCAGUUCCGAACUGCUUCGGAUCCGAGCACUUCUGGGUCGACCUCGCAAGACGACAGCCCAACAGUACUCCAACUUGCAUCACCCGAAACGAGGCACAAGACUGGAAUAUAUCUUACAGUAAAUGUUGAAGGCACCAACGUCGAUUUCCUGUUGGAUACAGGUUCGUCAGUAUCCAUUAUUUCUGCAGCAAUUUACAACAAGCACUUCUCUGGCAUUACAUUGAGGCCGACGUCCAUCAACCUCUUCGACUACUCAAGAAGCCGCAUCGCUAUAGUCGGUUGCUUCCCAGCAUCGGUAACCCACAAGAACCGCACAGUGUGUGUGAUCUUCUACGUCGUUUCGAGCGGUACAACUCUACUGGGCCUUGACGCGCUCACCGCACUGGAACUUAGGAUCGACGGGCUCCACCUUACGUGCUCAAACACAGUAUCUACUCCAUUACCGUCAGUACUCGCUUCAGAUUUCGAACACCUGUUUGAUGGUACGCUAGGAAUUGCAAAGAACUACGUGCACAAGGUGAAAGUGCGGUCGGAAGUCAAGCCCGUUACUGGUAAAUUGCGACGGCUACCGCUCACAGUUCGCGAACAAGUUUCAGAUGAACUGCGACGACUAGAAGAGCAAGAUAUAAUAGAGAAGAUUACUGCGUCGGAAUGGGUAUCACCAAUCGUGGUGGUGAAAAAGAAAGAUGGCUCCAUCCGCCUUUGUGUGGACCUCCGGGAGCCAAACAAGGCAGUCAUACCAGAUUGUUUCCCCUUGCCCCAUACAGAUGAACUCUUAAAUGCCCUGUCUGGAAAUGCCCUGUCUUAA